AUGACAAUACUGCCAGCGCAAAAUAUUGAUGGGGCAGAGGGUACAAAAAGGCUGGAAAAAUAUAUCGAGAAGGACCGAGGAGAUCGACAAGUGUCAAGAGCAAGUUUCGGUAUCGGGAUUCUGGCAGAAGUCCCAAAUUUUGGCAUAGUUUUUGACGGCGAAAUCGGUUUCGAUAUGGCUUCUACCCCAUUUGCACCCGUGAAGGCUUUCUUCCAAGAACCUACUUCCCAUCAGGUUCCUUCGCAAUCGCACUUUGUCGGCGUGAAAGGGUUUAUUGUCCUUCAAUCCUUUCUCUGGACAUUUCUGAAUACCCUCGUUCCCACCGUCGUCAUCGGUACCACCAAUACCGAUGGCCGUCUAUACCAAGAGAUUCUCCGUAAAGUAUUCUCGGUACUCUUCUGGAACGAAUCUCUCAUCUACAGCGCAUUUAUACUGAUAUCCGCGCGCACAAUCUGCACCCCCUUCCUAAGUAACCCCUCGCACGUAUCCGUCGCAUCGUCUUCUUUCCGCCGAGGUCUCCGACUGUGGUUUCCCUGCGCAUUUUCCCUCGCCAUCAUCUACAUCGUAUUCACCUGCAUCGGCACAUCCUACAUCGAUGACUUCAAAACCAGCACCAACAACACCACCGUCAAGACCCCCUACACGUUCCCCUUUGCCCUCGUCUACUUCAACUCGGUCUUCCAGAUCUUCUGGACCAACAAGAAAUUCGACGCCCAAGCCGCAAACUAUGCGUUUCCCUCGCAGACCCUCUGGGUCGUCUCCGUCCUCUUCCAACAAAGUUACACCGUCUACAUGACCAUGGUCAUCAUUCCCUACGUGCGCAAAUCAUGGCGCGUAAAGGCCUUUAUGGGAUUUAUAGCCACGGCAUGGUGGGUUGACAGCUGGGCUUGGUUUUCUAUCACCGGUCUUCUGUUGGCCGAUGUUAGCAUCAACAUGGAUUUCCAAACGCGUGCGCGCGCGGGAAUUCCACUAGGAACCUUCCGGGGCCGCCAGUGGCGCAUCCCGGUUUGGCCGCUGUACAGUAUUGUUACGUUGGCGGGCCUCAUCAUGAUGUAUCUGUGGGCGGCAUGGAGACCCCAGGAUGUAUACAAGGAGGUGCGCAUCCACACGGGAGAAUAUUCCACCGGAGGACUCAAUGAUGUGAAGAUGGUAGCGGGCACUCCGAUGGCGAGAGAUGAUAAUUAUUUGUUCUUGCUGGGAACAUUCUUGUUCUUGGAGACGUGGAGUUGGAUGCAGGCUAUAUUCCGCAAUCCCCUCUUUAUGUAUUUGGGAAGGAGAUCGUUAAGUUGGUUCCUCGUCCAAAGCAUCAUCAUCUAUACCGUGGGUAUCAAACUCUUCGUCCAUCUCACCGAAACAAGAAAUGCAUCUUUCGAGGCAGCAAUCGCGGGUUGUUUCUUCGUGUGUCUCGUGACGGUAAUCCCAAGUGCGGAAAUCUUUUAUCGAUUGAUUGAUUUCCCAUCUCAGGCAUUUGCCAGAGCUACAUUUGACUGGAUCAGGAGGUAG